CUCCGUCCCCAACCCCACCACCCCCACCCACCAACCCACCAAGCGACGCGACGCGACGCCCCUCUAACCUCCCUCGCUUCCGCUCCACGCCGCCCGCCUGCCUGCCCGCGCAAUCCCGUGCGGCCCGCGAUCCCGCCCCACGGCGGUCCAGAUCUGGUGGCGCCUCGCCGCUCGCUCGCGCGCGCGCUCACGGGGGUGAAGCGCAGGCCGCCGCCCGGUCCGGCCGGUCGAUGGUGUCGGCCGCGGCGCAGGCGGGCGUGGUCGCGGCGUGCGUCGUGCUGUUCGUGCCCAUGGGGCUGGCGGGGUGGCACCUCAGCCGGAACAAGGUGCUCUUCUUCUCCGGCGCGCUCUUCGUCUCGCUCGCCGUCGGGGUCCACCUCUCCCCCUACCUCCCCUCUGUGCCCCACCUCCUCGCCGCCUCCUUCUUCCUCCCCGGCCCCGGCGCCGCGUCCUCCGCAGCCGACUCCUCCGGGUCCUCCUGCGUCCCGUUCCUGCACCGCGUGUCGUGGUCUGACGCCGCCUCCGCCGCCGCCAAAGGCUUGGGAGGUGGGGCCGCGCGGACGUGGUCGUGGCCGCCCUCGCUGGCGUCCGCCUGCGGGUUCGCGCGGCUGUCGCGCGACGACGCGUCGCUGCUGCUCAACGGGUCCUGGGUGAUGGUGGCCGGGGACUCGCAGGCGCGGCUGCUCGUGCUCGCGCUGCUGCGCCUCCUGCUCGACCCGGCCGCGGCGGCGGCGGCCGAACCGGAGCUAUUCCGCCGCCACAGCGACUACCGCGCCGCGGUGCCGGCUCGGGGCAUCUCCGUGGACUUCGUCUGGGCGCCCUUCGAGAGCAACCUCACGCGGCUGCUCCGCGAGGAUCUGCGCCUCGCGCCGCGCGUCCCCGAUGUGCUAGUCCUCGGAUCUGGGCUCUGGCACAUGCUUCACGUCACGGACGCCGCGAGCUACGGCGAUGCACUGGCGUCCGUAGCCGGUGCCGCAAAGUCGCUGCGCUCGCCGCUACCAGUACCACCACCGCAUAUGUUCUGGCUCGGCCUGCCACACCUAGUGAACCACAUGCUCAACACAGACGCCAAGAGGGCACACAUGAACGGCACCAUGCUGCGCGCCUAUGACCUCGAGGUCGAUCAGAGGGGCCUCGUUCGUGGUGAUGGCGGCCCAUUCCUACUGCUUGAUGUGGGGAAGCUCACACAGGGGUGUGGGCAGCAAUGCACGGCCGAUGGAAUGCAUUAUGAUGGCGAGGUGUAUGACGCCGUGUUGCAUAUCAUGCUCAAUGCAUUGGUGAUUGAGUCACAACAAAGGAUUUGAGUGGGUGGGGGUUCUUGACCAGGUUUGUCCCCACCCCCUGUUCUUUUGGUCCGUAACAGUACACGGGUAACUAAAUUGUUGUGAACUAGGAAGGUUCUUUGAUUCCUUCAAUGUUUGGGUUGCUUGCCAGAAGUCACCCUUGGAUUGCUCAACCGUAGAUUGUAAAAUAGGAACAUCUUAGAACCACACUGUUAUUUGCUGAAUGGCAAACCGAGCUGGUUGUACUGUAUACUUUUUGUUGAGAAAUAACUAAGACGGUGAUUCUGACAUGUA